AUGGCGAAGGGUACUGCGGACGCGACACGCACGCGCCCUAAGGAAGUCGGGUCCGCUGCUCCGGCCGCUCGGUGGCAUUUCUGCGUGAUGUGGUCGCGUGUACAUAGUAUUCGCAUGGCGUCACGAGCAAUUAGUCGACUAAGCCCGAAAAAUACGGUUCUAUUCGUCUGCGAUUUACAAGAGAGAUUCAGCAAAACUAUUCAGUAUUUCCCUGAGAUCGUCAAGACAUCAAAACGUAUGGUAGAUGCCGCCAAGAUUCUUGAGAUGCCUAUAUUUGUUACUGAACAGUAUCCAAAGGGACUGGGGCAUACUGUCUCUGACCUUGGCCUAAGCGACAUUAAGAAGUACGAGAAGACGCGGUUCUCGAUGUGCGUUCCCGACCUUUUACCAGCAUUGGGGGAUUCAAAGAACAUCAUACUAGUGGGGAUUGAAGCUCAUGCCUGUGUCCUGCAAACCACAUUGGAUCUCUUAGAGAAAGGCAAAAAUGUCCAUGUUGUUGUUGAUGCCGUUAGUUCUCGAUCUCUUCCCGAUAGAAAGUACGCGUUUAAACAAAUGGAUCGAGCCGGUGCCGUGCUGACAACAUCAGAAUGUGUGUUGUUAGGACUUCUUCAAGAUGCUUCUCAUCCUAAAUUUAAGGAAGUGCAGAAAUUAAUCCUUGAGCCUGCACCGGACUGUGGCCUUGUUGCAAAGAUUUAG